GAUCCAUUGAAUGGUUCAAGCUCGACCCCUCCAAAAUGCUGUCCACCACAGCUCUAUCAGGCGGAUAUUCGAAUGACUCAAGGCCUCACUAUCAGUGGACAAAGUAUGGCCAAUUUUUUAGAUGGCCAUUGGUGGUUUGAUCGUUGGAAUAAAACAAAUGCAUAUGAAGGGAUUUUCACUAUGAAUGGACACAAGUCAGAAAUAAAGUUCAUACAAGAUAAUGUGGCAAAGAAGCAAUACAAUAUAAAUAAAGCAGGCAGAACCUGUGAUGUAAUCGAUCAGGCCUUUCCUCACUUUGAUGGAUGCAUCCCAGAGAGUGCAAGCUUUAUGGGACAAGAAAAUCUGGGGAAAGAUUUCAUGGUGAAUACAUGGAGUGCAAAGCUACAGAGUGACGCAUACGAUAUUGCCUUUGAGAUGACAGUAACACCUGAUGAUUGCAUCCCUAUAACAGUGACAACUAUAAGUGAAGCAACUGCUGAAUAUGGUGUAACAUCAACAACCCGGUUUUCCAGCUUUCAAGAGGGCAUUCAAGAUAUGAGUGUAUUUGACAUUCCUGACUAUUGUCAAAAAUAACUGAUUUACAAAUUGACAUGACAA